CAUAUCAAACUCAUCUCGUAUAAAGGCGUCAUUCGAAAAUAGGCCGGCAAACUUGAUCCCAAGGCGAGACCAAGUAAAACAACUACCGAACCAACACAGCACACUGUGUAUACACUUUACAUUGAUGUAGACGAUCCUAUCCUUGAAACAAUUCUUGUACAACGACACCACUACCAGCACACACAAUAAUUUUUCCACCAUGGCAAUAGCCUACAGUUCCCCACGGCUUGUCCCGCAGAACAGCGUUGGCGUCGCCAGCAAGCGCGUCCUGAGAUGGUACCCGCUGUUUCAGUACGCUGUUCUGGGGGCGCUGUUUUCGUGCUUGGAUUUUUACCCUGUCGUAAAAUUGUUUUCAGUGAAACCCACGAAUGAGACGAAGGGCAUCGUCGACGAUGUCGUGCAGAUGGCCCACGACAGAGGGAUAGAGACCUGGGUGCUGGUGACCAUCUUGAUUGCUAUAUCCGUAAUAGUACUGGGAAUAUGCUUCUGUUGCAUAAGAAGAUGUGUCCGGAAAAGAAGGCCAAAGGACUCCAAAAAGGUGGUGGAUUUCAAGUCGGUGCACAUCUUAAGUUCCUCAUACAAAGAGAAGGUGCAACCUGACAUGGACGAUUUAACUGAAAAUGCCGAAGAACCGGACGAUGGAGAAAAACCAGAGGUCCAAAAAUUGGGAAAACUUCAGUAUAAGCUCGAGUACGAUUUCAACCAAAACAGCUUCUCCGUAACCGUCAUCCAGGCGGAAGAUCUACCGGCUUUAGAUAUGGGAGGCACGUCGGAUCCUUACGUCAAAGUGUACUUACUUCCGGACAAGAAAAAGAAAUUCGAGACCAAAGUCCACAGGAAAACACUGAACCCCGUGUUCAAUGAGACUUUUGUGUUUAAGAGUCUUCCAUACGCCGAGGCAAUGAACAAGACGCUGGUGUUCGCCAUUUUCGACUUCGACCGCUUCUCCAAGCACGACCAGAUAGGCGAGGUGAAGGUACCCCUGUGCACGGUGGACUUGGCCCAGACCAUCGAGGAGUGGCGCGAACUCCAGAGCGUCGAAGGGGAAGGUGGUCAGCUGGGUGACAUUUGCUUCUCUCUGAGGUAUGUUCCAACAGCAGGCAAGUUAACCGUCGUGAUCCUGGAAGCUAAGAAUUUGAAGAAGAUGGACGUUGGCGGAUUGUCCGAUCCCUACGUGAAGAUUGCUCUCAUGCAGAACGGCAAGCGGCUUAAGAAAAAGAAGACGAGUAUCAAGAAAUGCACUUUAAAUCCAUACUACAAUGAAUCGUUUACGUUUGAGGUACCAUUCGAACAAAUACAGAAAGUGAAUCUGGUGGUAACAGUAGUGGACUACGACAGGAUUGGAACAUCUGAACCAAUCGGAAAAGUCGUCCUAGGAUACAACGCAAGCGGAACAGAACUACGUCACUGGUCGGACAUGCUGGCAUCCCCUCGCAGGCCGAUCGCACAGUGGCACACACUUAAGGACCCAGAGGAUGAAAAGAAAGACUAAACCAAACGUCGCUUACAACGCUGAUUAUUAUACUACAUAAGAUUAAUUCAUCAGAUAUAUGAACCCCCCAGUAUGAUGUAGGCCCUUCAUCCAAAGAUAUGAUCAUAUAAAUGUGUACAACAUCUUAGAUGUCAUUGUUUAUUACUAAUUUUUGUCUUCGACUUAUGCACUGUUGUUGAUGUUCAACUGUUAUCGGUUCAUUUCCAAGAGUUAAAAGCUAUUACUAUACUUACUACCAAUAUAGACAUCCUGAGAUAUACGCCUUUAAAGUUAUUAAACGAAGCUUAUGAAAACAUUUAUAUCGUAAAAAGAGAUAUAUCUGCACAAGUGGCUUUUCAGAUAUCGGUUCGUUUAUCAUUGUAUACAGCUCUAAUAUUUGGCUUUGUUUAAAAUCAGUUUGAUGAAAUAACAAACUCGACAAGGUACAAAAAAUUGAAUAUGCGGGCUGUAUAAAUGUACAUCAGUAUUGUGUUACAUGACAAAUAGAUUCUUAAUUCCAAAAUAGCUUUUCAUUCAGAACCCAAAUUCGAUAUUGAGGAAUUGUGUGAUUUAAUGAAGUUUUUAGAUUUAUUUACCUAAUACUAUUAAUUAAUAUAAAAUUAACGGACUGUCAUGUAUGAAAACAUAUAUGGCAAAUAAUAGAUGGUAGAAUUAAAACUAUAUUAAUAAUGACAAUAGAAAUUUAGCUCAUAGAUCAUGUAAAAAUACGUUAGUUUUGUUGGGGUUUUUAUAAAAUUAUGCACAAUAUUAGGUGAAACCUUGCAACAACAUUUUAUUUGACCUAGUGUUGUUGUGAGCAAGAUCAACACUUCUAAUCCAAAUUGUAAAAUAUAAAGUAAUCGGAGAACCAUUUCUGUGCAGAAAUGAUGGUGAAUGUUUAAAAUGCAUAGUUUGAAUUUUAUAUUUUGGAUUAGACGCUCUAUCUAGACGGUACCAAAGAGACAAAAUAUACGUAGGUUGUUCAUUAUUACCGUCUAGUGAAUAGCUAAAACCGGAAGUCCGAACCAAUAGGUAUUUUAUAUUUAGUUUAUGUAUAUUUAGCGAAAAUAAUGUAAUCUAAUAAGGUUAUAUGAUUGUAAAUAUAUUUCAAUUUUAUUAGAUUAUUUUAUUACUCAGUGAAUGAUAUUCUUCCUUAUCCUUUCUUCUGAUUUCCCGAGGAAACUUAAAUGCAAGCUUUAUUUAGAUUUUUCGGUGUACUCAUCCACGAGAUUUUGCGUAGUAUCAAACUAUGAUGGUGUUAGGAAGCUAUAUAAAGUCAUUAAUUUAUUUCAAGUACUCUAACAAGGCAAAACUUUCUUCAGGAAAUCAGAAAAUUACUGUACAUACCUAUAAAUAAUGUUAAAAUGUUGUGUAUGAUAUAAAAAAUAUGUAAACUUAUAUAGUAAAAGUGUUACGGCCCUUUAUACUUAAAAAUCAAUGUACCCCUAAACACCACUUUGGGCCCAAAAUGUUUAAUACUGAUUUAGAGAUUUUUAAUCAGGCACGUAGAGCUUUAUUUUACACUAAUGAUAACAUUUUGUGUGGUGAUAAAUCUUUAGUUAUAAAUACCUACGAUGGACAAGAAAAAUUAUUUUUUUUGCAGGCCAUUGAAAAACCUUAUAUCUCUAAUUGCUUGGAGUCGAACAUAGGUAGCUACAUAAUGAAUUUUGGCCAAAAAAAAGACUGCCUAAGUAAGAUUUUCAAAGUUUUGGAGAUUUAUCAAUGCUUUUCUUUGAAUAGGACCUAUUGGAAGAGCUUAAAUUAUGAAUAUUCUGAUACCUACCCACCUAAACUUAUUUCUCUUUCCUGUAAAGCUAUCGUGAACACUUCUAACUUUAAAAUAAUUUUUUUGUGUCCAAAUAUGUCGAUGAAGGUUUAUAAUAGAGGAGCACCAGCUUAAUGGAAAGGCAAUAUGUAGAGAUUGAGAUUGUAAAAAUAAAAUGAAAUAGACAAUGUACGUAUUUUAAAUAGUUUAGUUUUAGUGAAAGACAAAAGACUUCUAUAUUAUCAGCUUUUCAUAAUACCUAGCUAGCUAUAGCACUUAUUAUUAUUACCCCAGUUAAUUUUUAAAUGUUACUCUAUAAAGAACAAUAAAAAUUGAUUAUAUUGUGGGAAAUAACAAAAUGUGGCAAAUCAUGCUCUUGUUAAGUAGACAAAAUAAAUCAUAUCACUCGUCCUGUU